UGCAUGCGUCUCCGUUCGUGGGUGAAAGUCCACAAUAGUAAGUCGCUGCGAUUUGUGGCACUCAGCACUCAGUACUCGUGCAACGUGUUGUUAGCAGCGUGCCGUAUCCGUCGGUCUUUGUGAGUCACCCACAGCGCCGCUAGACGCUAGAAAAAUGCCGGGAAAUAUUGUUGUUUAUAUAUGCGCUGUCCAGUGUUAUGGUCAAGCGCCACUUGAAAAUUGUUUUGUGGGAAUUUGUGCGAUUUUGUGAAAAUUGAGUUGCCCAAACGCCGCUGUGAAAUGCCAAAGGCAAACAAAGGCUCUUCAGAUUGUCAUGGCGUCUUUUCGGAACCGUAGACAAGCAAACAAUACAGACCGAAUCCAAACACAAGUGCGUCUCUAAAUUAAGCCCCCUUCAAAUGGGCACUUUGGCUACAUAAUAGACCUUUGUGUGAGUGCGUGUGUGCGUUUAUGUGUGUGUGUGCGGACUAUCAGCUAGAUUGCAGCAUGGAUGCUCUAAAAGCAGAAAAAUGCUAAGCCCAAUACCGUUGGCAUUAUGUUCUAAUGGAAAAUCUCUAAUCGGCCAGAAGCCCAACAGCAACAGCAACAACAACACGCGCUACAAUAAAUUACAGCGUUGAGCGUACCCUGCCACGCCCACUGGCUGGGUGGGGUGCAUGGUAAGGCGCUCAACGGAGCCCCACGUAGCACAACAAUAACACUAACGUUAACGGCUCAAUUCGUCAUACACCCAGCACGCCAUCUAUUGGCAAGUAGCAGAAGCACCACCCAAGUCGUUCUCGUCGGCGACAAUGGCUCGCAGGAAGCGCACAAGAAGGAAAAUGCCAACGAAUCGAAAGCGGAAGAAGACAGUUGGCAUGUCAGCUGCAGCAGCAUCAUCAGCAUCAGCAUCUGGCCACGAAUCAGUAGUCAAGUGGAAGAUUAUGAUAUCAUCAAUAAUAUUUCUGCUAUUCUGCUGCACAAGUCACGUGCUGGCGGUGCGCAGGGGUCGCCUGAUGUCCCCGAGCACAUUCACUGCACUCAGCGGCGACCUGCAUGUGCAGAUCCAGUUCAGCGGCGACGAGGAGCAGCAACAGCAGCCGCAGCAGCAGCCCGGACAAAGGACCAAUAUAACACAGCUUCAGCCUCAAUAUCAAAACAAUAUAACAGACGGCAGUGUUGACGCCCACUUAAACACUGACAGCAGCACAGGAUUGGGCGUGGGCGUGAGCCAGAGAGGGGCGGAGGGCAUGGUGAACACCAUAAUGAGCACUUUAGUCAUUAGCAAAAUCGUUAAUGAUGCUGCCCCAGCUGAGGGGGAGAUUGGCAGCGAGACGACCAGCUCCAGCCAAUUGGUGCUGCAGCGCCGGCGCAAGGAGAUUGUGCAAAAUAUUCCAGUCUUUCCGGAUCCCAGGCAGAACAUCACCCAGGUGACAGUGCCGUGCCAGACGUUUGCGCGCGGCGGUGGCCUGUACGAGAUGCAGGUGGUCAGAAAUCUGAAGACGACGGUCAAUCGCAGUGAUCCGACUCCAUUGACGACGACAACUCUGAUGCCGGCGCAGGAUGAGCGGCUGCUGCAAACGCUGGACGUGCGAUGGCCCAGUGCCGAGAUGCUGGUCAGCCCCGUGACGUUGCGCACCUACCCCAAGGCACCUGUCCAGGUCACGCUGCGCUUUCCGGAGGUCAACUGCGAGCGGGCGCUGCAUGGAGCGGAGCCCUCGCUGCCAGAGUUCUGGCUGGAGCUGGUCUACUGUGGCAAGGAGCGCACCUGCUCCUACGACAUGGCCAAUGUCUCCAAGUCGAGCGUCCUCUUUGCGGAGCAGGUGCACGGCUUUCCCAAGCUGAAGAAGGUGCAGCUGGGCUGCGAGCUGUUCGGCCUGGCCGGCAACUAUGCCGUCCAGCUGCGUCCCAUGGUGCCGGCAUUGAAUGUGCCCACCACACGGCGUAUGCUCAGCGUGGACUGGAGCGAUGAGUUCGUCUUCAAUGUCUACGCGCGCAGCAUCUUUCCCUGCGAUCCACAUACGGGAGUGGGCGUCCUCUACGAGUAUCCCGGCUGCAUCCUGGAGCAGGGCGAUCGAGUGCGUCUCUAUGCCAAGCUGCGCGCAGAUGUGGCCUCGCUCAAGCCGCCCACCUCGCUGCACUACGUCGCCGAGCAGCGGGUCGUCAAGAGCCAGCACUCACUGUACUUCAGCUGCGAGCUGUUCUCGGAGAAGUACGUGGAGUACUGCUUCGUCUAUGUCAGCCAGGCCAUCUCCGGCGCCGUUGCGGAUGUGCGCAUGGACUGUGUGCCCACGCUACCUGUCAGCGAAUCCGACACGGGUGGCUGGGGCGCCUGGAGUGAGUGGACGCCGUGCUCCACCAACUGCCUGGGCGGCACUCGCAAUCGCUAUCGAUUCUGUGACUCGCCGCCGCCGCGCUACGGCGCCAAGUUCUGCGAGGGCCCAUCUGUGCAAACGGAGAAGUGCAAUAAGAGCAUUGCGGACACUUGGGAUUGCAUCUAUGAGACUAGUGGCAGCAUUCUGACCAAGUCGAAUGUCACCGAGGUUCAUCAGGAGAUUGGUCCCGGCUGCCGCUGUGGCUGCAUUGUGCACCUGGGCUCAUCCAAGCCAAAGCGAAUUAUUGCUGGAGCCACGCAAAGCUGUCCUGGCCGCUCCUUCUGGCUAAUUCAGGUUGACGGCGAGGAAACCAUUUCCAUGCAACUCAGUUUUUUGAGGCUGCCCUGCUCCGCGCAGUAUAUAAAGGUGCGCGAUGGGCCGUCGCUGUCAUCCACUUUGUUGGUGGAGCUCAAUGGAGAUGGUGCCACAGCGGGCGGCAUCCGGCGUCCCUCUGCUGACGACGCCAAUCAUGUUGGCAUUCCGUUAGCUGUUGAGUCGAGCGGAGCACAGCUGCUGGUGGAAUUAUUUUCGGGCGACGUGGCAGCGAACGGAACAUCAAUUGGGGGCUACGAUGCUGCAUCAUGUACCGGAGGUUUCAUGGCCAACGUCAAGCCUUUAGUGGGCAGAAGUGGUAGUAAUGUCACCACAGUUCUGGCCGCCACACGCCUGUCGGCCAAAGGGCGCACGAAUUCGCAGAAAAAAUCACUGGCCAAGAUGCGCUUCACUCUGGUCCAUCUCAGCGCCAUGGUAUUUGCUACUAUUAUAAUCAUAAUAAGCGCGCUUUUAGGUGCUCAAUAUGUAGUGCGGUAUCGAAAAUAUCAUUUGGCUGUGGCACGUCGGCAGGAUGAAGGUUCACACCUGCACACGCCACGAGCAUCGUUAAGCUCGCUACAUGACCCGCCAUCACGUGCCAUUUCAACGACCACCCUUCUAUCCGAGGUGAUUUAUCUUGUGAAAUUGCGGCCCAAACAUCAACUGCGGCACUCCAUAUUGCGUGAAAGCGCUGACGUCGAGAACGUGACCCAUGAAACCGAGUUCAAAGAGGACGAGCAAAUGGUGAAGAGCGAGGAAGUGCCGGCAACAUUUGGUAGCACUGCUUCCUUGAUGACUUUGCGCAAUGAACACGCCUCGUUAACGUCCUUGUCGCCGGCGACCGACAGUCGCAGUCCAGUUGGCUCACCGUUAUCUGGCGAUCCGGAACUGCAGCUGCAACGCCUGGAUGGAGUGGAGAAAUGCACCACAACGCACACCGGUGGAGAGCCUUUGAGCUGCAAGGACAGUGCCAAGGACUCGGAGUCCAUCAUAUCGUCAGGCAUGAGUUCCUUGUGCAAUAGUCCACCUCUGAACAGCCACAGGCUCAGCAAGUACUCCGAUCGCUAUGACGCAGUGACAUUGAAGCUGCUCAGCUCCCGCCUGGACGAGAGUCUGCGUGAUGCUGCCUCUUUGAACUCGAAUUCCGGCUCGCUGUGCCUGGGUCGCAUGGGAUCACGCAGUGUUAGCGCCUCCCUAACCAAUGGCUGCUACUCUCCGGCAGCGAGUGUGGUCAGCACGGCCACCAUACGCACAACUAGCAAUCCGAAAGAGUCCAAGGAGAAGCAGAACCGCAAGAAGCUCUUGGCGCGACCUGGAUCUGAGUUCUCCCUUGGCAAUCAAGAGGAGCUUGAGAUGGACUACUAUGAUUACAAUGUAAUCAAUGCGGGUGCUGCACCCGGCUCCUACCUAGGCAUGGAUCCAGCCUACUGCAUUUGGAUACCACCGUUUGAGGAGACGCCUGAGCGAGAGGAUGAGGAUAAGACACCCGAACCUACGUCAAUUCCCGAUGAAACGAAUCCAACUUUUGAUGAAAUACAAAUGCCCAAAUACGGUCACUACCUAUGUCCAGGUAGUAAGUCUACGACGACGGACAACACGCCCAGCUCAGAGGAACGAUCCUUGCCCAGCAGCCAACAUCAGUCCAAGGCCACAUCACCCAACGAGACGACCCAGAGGGGCACGCCAACCAAGCAGCCAACUCCAUAUAUGUCUCGCAAGCAGCGCCGCCAAGCUAGACAGCAAUUCCGGCUGAAUGCAGCAAACUCUGGCAAUGAAUCUGACUCUGGAACACUGCGGCCCAGACAAAUCGACAAACCAGAAGCUGAAAUUGCUCCAGUGCAUCAGAGCAUAAGCAAGGCGGAGACCCACAUGGACUCUGACCAGUCAAUGACCGGUUCAUACGUGGAAAAGGAGACGCUUGUGGAGAAGUCGUCCCGUGACCUGCAGGAGUACCUACACCUGGAUGACAUCCAAUUCGCCGAUGAAAGCGGCAGUGAUUACGAGGCAGCCCAUCUGAAGAAUAAGGCCGCAUCCAAAACCCUACUGGAGAAUGCAAAUAGAACGAAGUCGAGAGAGGCUGCCGUAUAAGGAGUGGCCGCUUAGCGUGUACAUAGAUCUGGCGAGAACCCUUAAGAUAGUAUAUGUUACGGGUAGAUACAUAUAUCAGCAGUACGAGCAUAAGACCACCAAUAGGUUAGUUGGAAGUGUUGACUUAAAGAUAAUAGACUUAGGCAGUGUAGCAAACGACUUCAAUUAUUAUAUAGGUUCGAGUACAGCUCAAUAGAUGAUCAUCAUAAAUUAUGCACUCAAAGAUUCUCACUAAUUGAUAUAUUAUAUAUACAUGUAUAUAAGGAAUUUAUA